AUGAAAAGUAUCAUUUACGACCCAAAUAUGCCCAAGAAGAUUCCCUUAAGUUUGGUUUGGCUGAAGUUUGUGCAGACUGUGUCUUCAACAUUCACCAAGAGCACAAGUAUAGCAUUAUAUGUUGCGUGCAUAAUCAUUCAGGUUCCAAUAUUCUGGAUGUUUUGCGGUCGAGUUUACACAUGGGCCAUCGAUGGAAGUCUACCCGAAAACAACCCAAAAGUAUUGGAUGCCUUAUACUAUGGGAACUACAAUCUACGAGCAGUGUUAAGCAGUAUGGAAAACUUGACACCAGCAUUGAAAACAUUAACAGAAUGGAGGGUGUUUUUCAGCUAUACAUACUUUACGGGAUUGAGACACUUGGUUAUUUUGUUGAUUGUGCAUAUUGCAUUGUUUGUCGAGAGAGAAUGGGUGAUUCGCGAUGAGGGAUACUUGAAGUUGUUAAAUAGAAAGAUUGGGCGUGAACCAAAGACGAAAUUGGUUAAUAUGUUGCAGAAUGCGAUCCAAGGAUUACGUGAACAACAGAGAAACCGUGCUGAAGCGGAAGGAAGAGAUGAAAUGGAGGAGGGGGAAAGAAGAGAAUUUAAUCAGUUAGAGGCAGCACAAAAUUUACAACGUUUGGACAUGUUAACCAAAGCAAUUGAAGAUUUGCAAAAUCAGGAAGCGGAUGAACAAGCUAAUAAUGAGUUGCAUGAGAAUUUGAGAAGAGCAAUCAUCAGAGGUGAAUUGUUUCAUGAAAAUCAUGACGCAGAAGCACAAGAACAAGAGCAGCAACAACAACAACAACGAGAAGAAGAAGAAGAAAACGAGGAAAUUGGCGUCAUCAACAAUACCAAUAUUGUUGCUGAUGGUGACGAUGAGGAUGACGAUGAGGAUGCUGACUACGACGAAAACAGAAGCUAUACAGACGAUGAUGACGCUGACAACGAACAUACCGAUGAUGGUACUGAUGAUGAUACUGAUAAUGAAAGCAGUUUCAGUCAUCGUGGGGAAGAUGGUGAUGACGAUUUGGAGAUUAUCGACGAAAAUGACUAUAGUAUCGUCGAUAUAGACGAAAGACCGGAAGUUUUUGGUUUUGAUCAAAACAAUAGAGAAGCGGUAGCAGCAGCAGUAGCAUCAGAAGAAGAAGACGAUGUCGAUGAUGAUGAUGAUGAUGAUGAUGACCAUCUCAACAUUGGUGGUCAUCACAAUCACCUUGACGACGUUGAAGACUUCAAUUUUGAUGAUCAUCAGCGGGAUGAUGUUGAUAAUGAUGUUGAUGAGGAGGAGGAAGAAGAAGAAGAUGAUGAUGAUGAUGAUGAUUUGCGAGCAGGAGACGCCAAUGCCAACCAGAAUGGCUUUUUUGCAGAGAUUUUGGAUAUGUUUGGUGUUGUUUUGAAUAUCAAGACCCCGUUGAUUUUGAUGGUCAUUUGUGAUGCUAUUAUUGUUGCAUACUUGUUUGUUAUUUAUUUGAUCCCUCAAUUGUUGGGAAGCAUUAUUGCAUACACUACAGGUUAUAUCUGGUUAUUUUUUGCAUAUUUCCUGCCAUCGACUGUUUAUGAAUCUGUUUUGUCCUUUUCGCAGCAGUACAAGACCGUAGAAACUGGAUACGAUAUUGUCGACUUGUUGUACAACUCAUUGGUCAAAUACUGCAUCAUUCCAGCUAUUACAUUGUUGAAGGAUGUAUUUUUCAAACCUCGACAACUCACCGUUGUUGAAAGAAGUAUACAUUUAAUCUUUGGAUACGGCCUUAUAUGUGGAGCUAUCUACAAAUCGAUGAAGAUGCUUGCUUCGAAUCCAAAGCCACUUGUUGGCAAUGCGAGAAAAGCAUAUAAGAUCUUGUUUGAGAUAACAUCUACUGCAAAAGUGUUUACCGUAUUUGGAAUUGAAAUAUUUGUAUUUCCAUUAUAUUGUGGCUAUUUGGUAGAUUUUUGCCUUGCUGCAAUCACAAAUGAAGACCAAUUACUAUUCACUACAUCAAAUGAGUUCACGCAAUUACAUUGGGUUCGCAUGUUGUUCCGCUGGAGCAGUGGAACUUUCUAUAUGCUCAUGUUUGCCCUUUUCAUUGGGAUGGUAAGAACAAAGAUCUUACGUCCUGGUGUAUUGUUUUUCAUAAGGUCUCCUGAUGAUCAGAAUGCCAGGUUGAUACAUGAUGCAUUGAUGAAACCAAUGGGAUUGCAAUUGUCAAGAAUUUAUCUUAGUGCAAAGGUCUACACAGGCUUUAUACUUGUCGGUAUUGGAGGUGUCACAUGGGGUUUGAGAUAUUUUGUUUCUCGCGAUGGCAAGGGAGUACUUUUACCUAUUCAGUUCCCAACCACUGCAUUUAUUGUGUUUGCUGUUUUGGUAACUGCUAUUGCCGAGUCUCAACCAAUUAUUACCAAAUACGCAAGAUUAUAUUGGACGAGAGCUUUUGAGCUAAGUGCACAUAAAUUGAGAUUAUCGCACUUUGUAUUAGGAAAACCUAUACUGUACGAACGUGGGUAUACUAUCUACCGCAAUAUCUAUCAAAGGUUUGUUGCGCAACCAGUCCCAGAUUAUUCGCAUCCUGUCACUUAUAGGGAAGCACAAUCUAUUUUCCAGUCCAACCCAUCAGUCCAUGCAUGUUUUGUUCCAGAUGGCAACUAUGUGAGAGCACCAGAUAAUGAUACCGUAUCACGGAAGUUUAUCAAGAAAUUAUUUGUUCCCGUUACCAAAGAUGAUAAACUCUUGCGCGAGAUUGAUGAAGCAGAUUUGCAAAGACGUUCCGGGUAUGAAACUCCAACCAGUGAAGAUGAAGAUGAUGCUACUAGUGAUGACGCAUACGCUAUAGUGUAUCGUCCGCCAAAUUUCAAAGUGCGUUGCUUUGCAUUGAUAUUUAUGCUUUGGAUAUUUUCCGUGGUUCUUCUUCUUCCAAUUGCAAUGGUUGCCUUGCUUCUUGGUCGUCCAUUCAUUGUUGCAACGGUCACGAUAGCUGAACAGAUCAAGCCUGGCUUAUCUGGUUUCGGCAAUGCCAAUUGGAAACUUGCUGACCUGGCUAGUCUUUCGUGUGGUCUUUUCUUAUUGUUGAAACUUCUUGUUGUUUAUGAUCAAAAAAUGGAGGCUGACGCAGGAAGAAAUGAAGUAAGAGGAGAAGAAGAAGCAGCUGCUGCAGCUGCUGCAGCUGUUGUUGCGGAUGUGGGUGCAGGUGCAGGUGUGGGUGCUGGAAAUGUGGGUGCCGGGGCAAAUGCUGCGCAGCCUGAAAAUGGUCAAAACCCUUUACAAGUGGCAUGGGAGUUUAAUCGAGAAAUGUUUAAUCGAAUUCCAUGGGCUCUCCCGCUCCUUGCACUGAUAUCUGGAUUAUGGUCUGUUUAUGUUGCCUUGGUGCAUAAAUUUUGCAUUGAUGAUGCCUUAUUCAAGUAUAUGGGCAUUUCAAUAACUGAUCCGUCAUUAAAGGCAUUGUUUGUGCAUUUCAUAGCAUCAUGGUGGACUGUGUUUCCUGUGUUGCGAAGAUAUUUAGUGAAUGCACAGCUCAAUGUUUUGAGGGGAAACUUGAGCCUACAUACAUUCUUGAAGCGUACUGGGGUAUAUACCUUGGUGUACAAUUGCUCUAUGCAUGCGAUUUUCUAUUUUGCAUUCCAGUAUGGUUUGUCAAAAUAUGCAAACUUUACAUUUAAAGACGUUGAUGAUUUGGUCAUUGUUAGAAUGUUGGCUUUUUUGGCGUUUAUUAGUGUCCAGUCAUUUACACGCGGACUCAAGUUUUACUUUGCAUUAAAUGAUCAAGUUAGACAAGAAAAAUUCGUCAAGGGAAGAGCCAUUGUCAAUGACAAUACGGAAACGCUGUAA